AUGGCCACCACUCCUAGCCCAUUGCCCCUACUACCAUCCCUGAGCUGCGCCGUGUGCCGCGAUGUACCAAGGGAGCCCGUUACCAUGUCUUGCGGGCACUGUCUGUGUAGGGGAUGCCUGGAGCGGUCAUGGAGGGGCCAGGAGGCCUACCCAACCUGCCCCAAAUGCCGGCCAACCCCUGUGCAAACUCCAGAUGGGGUGCAGAGGGGUCUGUGUGCAGAACAUGGUGAGAAAGUGCAUCUGUACUCCACUCAGGAUGGAAGAUUAUUGUGUCCCCGCUGCCGUGGGGCCACUGAACCGCAACCACCUCACGCUAUGAUCCCCAUACAGGAGGCCGUGGGAGGCUACAAGGAUGAGCUGAUGUCGGCCAUGGCACCACUGGAGGCUCGGCUAAAGGAGCUGCAGCAGAUGCAGUGCGCCCAGGAGCAGAUGAUCGCACAACACAGGGGUAAUCUUCUGAGCACCAAGCACCACGUGAGUCUAGAGUUUGAGAAGCUGCAUCAGUACCUGCGGGAGCGGGAGGAGCGGCUGCUGCGGGAGCUGCAGCAGGAGGGGGACCUCGUCCUGGCCGAGAUGGAGGAAAGCCUCAACAAGAUCAAACAGAACUGCCAGGGCAUCCUCCAGACCAUCAGCAGCACCCAGCCGCGGCUGUACGAGCAGGACGCCGUCACCUUCCUCACAGAUAUAAAGUCGUGCAUGGACAUCUGUUACGGGGGCUACAGAGAUGGUUUUCCGGCACAGAACGUGCUGACCCCCAGAGACUUUGGAUACGGAGGAGUGAAGGAUCUGAUCCAGUACACGGCCUGGAAGGAUAUGAAGUCGUACAUCAGUCCCGCCUUACCGAACAUAAUCAUGGACCCCAGCACAGCCCACCUUAACCUGAUGCUCUCCGAAGACCUUACCUGCGUCCGAUACAGCGACACCAAACAGUCUUUACCCGAAAACCCGCGCCGCUUCGACUACUGCUGCUGCGUUCUGGGCACAGAGGGUUUCUCCUCUGGCCGCCAUUACUGGGCAGUUGAUGUCGGCAACAAGACCAAGUGGAAUCUAGGCGUAGCCAAAGAGUCUGUGAAUCGGAGGGGUGGGAUUACCCUGUCCCCAGAGAACGGCUUCUGGAUACUGUGGCUGAGGAACGGCCAUGAGUUCAAAGCCCUGGACGUCCCGUACCGGACACUGACCCUGAGGAACAAACCGCAGAGGGUGGGCAUCUACCUAGACUACGAGGGCGGCCAGCUCUCCUUCUACAAUGCUGAUGACAUGUCCCACAUCUACACCUUUGUCACUUCUUUCUCUGAGACCAUUUACCCCUACUUCUGCCCCUGCCUCAAUGACUCGGGGAAGAACGGGGGGCCACUGAAGGUCCUUCACCAUGUACCCUGAAGAGGUUCCAUCUGCUGGGGCUUAUUCCCAUGCAUUAGAGUACUGUUGUUUCAUGUCUUAGGAGUAUGUUGGCGCGCAAGGUGCCAGGCUGUGCCCUUUUAUUCCAUGUUCACUUAUAGUACAGAUGAAAGAGAUUAUCUCUAUGUCAUUACCUUACACAUCUCAAUAAAUUCAACUGGUUAAGUAA